UUCAUUUCCCUUAUUUCCUCGACCUUUCACUGCCAAUUUUUAUAUUUUCUCUCGAAUUUUGUGCUUUUCUCAAUUUUUAGAGGUCAGGAAUUGAAUGAAGAACUUUUCCUAGCUGCAGACUGUUUCUUGAUUUCUGUAACUUAAGUCAUCAUGACACCCGUAAUUCCAAGUUCUAUAAGCAACAUUUCACUUAUUUCUGGAACUGCUUUUACUUCAAAUAAGAACAAUUGUUUAACAAGAUGCUAUCUUUUGGGUAAAUCCACAAAGCAAACAUUAUCCCCACAAAGGUUCCUCUUACCUCUCUCAACAUCAGUUAGACUAUUUCCACAAUACAGAAGCGGAUGUACUUUGCAUCGUAAAUCAAGAACCCAUAUAUUAUCAGCCACAGGCACUGAUGUAGCAGUAGAGCAGUCAGAUUCCCCUGCUACUGAGGAUUCCAGUGGAGCACCAGAAGUUCCAUCUGAUUCAGCUGAAGCAAGUGAAGAACCCUCCAUUAAAUCAGAUGGUGGUGUCACUUCAUCUCAGCCCAAACGUGCAAGACCUAGGAAGAGUGAGAUGCCACCUGUAAAGAAUGAGGAACUGGUUCCUGGUGCAACUUUUACAGGGAAAGUUAAAUCAAUCCAGCCAUUUGGUGCAUUUAUUGAUUUUGGAGCUUUCACAGAUGGCCUGGUGCAUGUUUCCAGGUUGAGUGAUAGCUAUGUUAAGGAUGUUGGAAACAUUGUUUCCAUUGGACAAGAAGUGAAAGUGAGAUUGGUGGAAGCAAACACUGAGACAGGGCGGAUUUCACUUACCAUGCGUGACAGUGAUGAUCCUACUAAACCACAGCAACAGAAAGAUGCUGCUUCCAGUAGUGAUAAGCCCAGACCUUCCAGAAGGAACACUCAAAGGUCUAACCAAAGAAGAGAUGAGGUGAAAAAAACCUCAAAGUUUGUCAAAGGCCAGGACCUAGAGGGCACAGUAAAGAAUUUAAAUAGAGCUGGUGCUUUUAUAUCUCUUCCUGAAGGGGAGGAAGGGUUUUUGCCUACCUCUGAAGAAGCUGAUGAAGGGUUUGGAAACCUUAUGGGGGGCUCCUCACUUCAGGUUGGUCAAGAAGUUAGUGUACGGGUGCUACGUAUCUCUAGAGGACAGGUUACCUUGACAAUGAAGAAAGAAGAAGAUGCUGAAAAGUUGGAUUUGAAGCUCGGUGAGGGAGUUGUUCAUACUGCAACCAAUCCUUUUGUGCUGGCUUUCCGUAAGAACAAGGAGAUUGCUACAUUUUUGGAUGAGAGAGAAAAAACAGUGGAACCAGCAGAAAUUCCAGCGAUACCAAAAACUUCAGAAGAGAUAGAAGGAAAGGUAAAUCAAGCUGAAACUGUGACUGACAUACUAGAAGUGCAGGAUCAGCCGGCAAGCAGCGAUGAGAAAUCAGUCAGUGUCCCAUCUGCAGUGGAUGAGAAGGUAGAAGGUGAUGAAACUCCUUCAGAGGAAUUGGAUGUGGGUGCCAGUGCAGUAGAUGAUGCCUUAAAUGAAAUGGCAAGCAAUAGUGGGGACUCAGAAAGUGUGAUCUCUAAUUCAUUACAGAGUGGGGAUGCAGUCCAAACUAUAGAGGAAAAAGCAGUGGUGAGUUCUGAAGUUUUGGCUUCUGAAGGGAGUAUAUCUACUGCUAGUCAGAUAAUUGAGGAGGCUUCAGCAACACAUGAGGUGGGAAGUGAUGCAAAAUCUGACCCAUCUACAGAAAUAGCAGAUCAAAUAUUGUCUUCAGAAAGUUUAGUUGGCAAAGAAGUUGAAGAGAGUCAAUCAGAUGAUACCAUAGCAAAAGUUGAAGUCCAAAUAGAAACACCUCCUAUUGUAGAACCAGUUGAAGAGGAGAAGGUGGAUCCUACCCCUGAGAAAAAUGGCAGUGUCACCAGCUCUAAUGGACAAACAGAUGUUCCUUCUUCCCAGGAAAGCAUGAAUACAGAUGGAUCAGAAGACGGUGGAAAGCCUGCACCAUCUGGAGAAUUAGUUGAGAGUCAGAUAUUGUCUUCAGAAAGUCAGGACAGUGAAAAAGUUGUUGAGAAUCAAGCUAAUGAUAUUUUAUCGAAGGAGGAAGUGCAGAUACAAACCCCUGCUGCAGAGAAUGAAAUUCCUUCUGCCACACCAGUAGAAGAUGAAAAGGUGGAAACUGUCACUGCAAAAAACAACAAUAUUAGCAACUCUGAUGGGCAGACUGGCACUUCUUCUCCCAAAGAAAGCACAACUAAAGCCACUAUAUCACCUGCUCUUGUGAAGAAGUUACGUGAAGACACAGGAGCAGGAAUGAUGGAUUGCAAAAAAGCUCUGUCAGAAACUGGAGGGGAUAUUGUUAAAGCCCAAGAGUUCCUAAGAAAGAAAGGCUUAGCAAGUGCUGACAAGAAAGCUAGCAGAGCCACUGCUGAAGGAAGAAUCGGUUCUUAUGUUCAUGAUAGCCGAAUUGGUAUUCUGAUAGAGGUGAACUGUGAGACUGAUUUUGUUGCUCGAGGUGACAUCUUUAAGGAGCUAGUUGAUGAUCUGGCCAUGCAAGCUGCUGCCUGUCCUCAAGUGCAGUAUCUUGUUACAGAAGAUGUUCCUGAAGAGAUUGUGAACAAGGAAAGAGAGAUUGAGAUGCAGAAGGAAGAUCUCUUGUCGAAGCCAGAACAGAUCAGAUCAAGGAUUGUUGAGGGGCGGAUAAAGAAGAGGCUUGACGAGCUGGCAUUGCUUGAGCAACCCUACAUUAAGAAUGACAAGGUGGUGGUGAAAGACUGGGUGAAGCAGACCAUUGCAACUAUUGGAGAAAAUAUAAAAGUGAAGAGGUUUGUGCGGUAUAAUCUUGGAGAAGGCUUGGAAAAGAAAAGCCAAGAUUUUGCUGCUGAGGUGGCUGCCCAGACUGCAGCAACGCCACCAUCUGCACCAGGAAAAGAGCAGCCUGCUGCAGUAGCAACCAAUGACACUGCUGAAAAACCACCAACGGUGACAGUGUCUGCUGCAUUAGUCAAACAACUAAGAGAAGAAACUGGAGCAGGAAUGAUGGACUGCAAGAAAGCUCUGUCAGAAACUGGAGGGGACCUCGAGAAGGCACAAGAAUACCUCAGAAUGAAGGGUCUUUCAACUGCGGACAAGAAAUCCAGCAGGCUUGCAGCAGAAGGCAGGAUUGGAUCCUACAUUCAUGACUCCCGCAUCGGAGUGCUAAUCGAAGUCAAUUGCGAAACCGACUUUGUGGGUAGAAGUGAAAAAUUCAAGGAAUUGGUGGAUGACUUGGCAAUGCAAGUUGUGGCCUGCCCACAGGUGCAGUGUGUUUCAAUGGAGGAUAUUGCAGAGAGCAUUGUGAGCAAGGAAAAAGAAAUAGAGAUGCAGAGAGAGGAUCUUCAGUCAAAACCAGAGAACAUAAGAGAGAAAAUUGUGGAAGGGAGAGUAGCAAAGAGGCUUGGGGAGCUUGCUCUUUUAGAGCAGGCCUUCAUCAAGGAUGAUAGCAUUUUGGUGAAAGACUUGGUGAAGCAAACUGUUGCUGCCCUCGGAGAAAACAUAAAAGUUCGGAGGUUUGUCCGCUUUACUCUUGGGGAGGAUAUGGGAACCGAAGACUGAGAUACACCAAAAAAGAGACCUCAUUUUCAGCAUGAAGGGUUGAAUCAAGCAAAUCCGUGAAAUUUUCCAAUUAUGCCAAGUUUGUCGAGCUAAGCUAAUUUUGGGUGGGAAGAAUAAUUUUGUUCUGAUUAGAAGUUGCGCCUUUUGUAGUUAGUGGUAAUUUCUGUGUCAUACUCGCUAAAACUACAUUUGGCAUCACUUUUUGAGAGUUGAGAAGCGAAGGAUAUGUGUUUUAUUCUCUGCAUUAUGGAAAGAUGGAUAUACCAUUCUGUGCAGGUAA